GAGUCUUCCUGCACAUUUAGUCGAUCUUUGCCGGCCAAGAUAAUCAGUGUUAGGAACUUUAAGUUAACUUCGGUUAUUUCGGCUAGUUGAUCGGUUUUUUUUUAAAUUAAUUUCAGUGAAAAUUCAAGUUCCAUUAUAUGAAAUAAUGUAAUUCUAUUUUAUUAAUUUAAUUCUUUUUAAGAAUUCUUAAGCUAUUCUUUUAUUAUUAACGAUUGUAAAAUUCCUUUUAACCCGGAACAUUUAUGAAUGCAGAAAAGAUAGAUGAAAUUCAAUAAAUGAUAUAGUUCGAAUAUAUUUUGAUAUCUGUGAAAAUAAUCCGGUAUUUUUGUGUUCUGGUGUAUAUUUGUUUAUGUUAUUGAAGAAGUUUUUCGAUACUACUUAUACAUUUUUAUUUUUUUGAAAAUUUCCACAGUCAAGAUGAUGGAUGCAAGAGGAAUAAUUAAGAGAUUAAUAUUAAGCGAAUAUUUAAUAUUCUCUUUAAUUUUUGUUGCUCAAUGUGAAUCUCCUCUUCAUGAUAGCAGUACGCUACCACUGGAACAUAGAUCAUCAUACGGACUAUCUACACUUUAUGGAUCUUUACCGUCACAGGGUACAGAGGAUAAUUGGCCCUUAGCUUCACCUGAUACUCCACAAAUAAAGCAUUUGCAAGUGCAAUGUGAAAAAACACACAUGCGAGUAAAUAUCGAAUUCGAUCGUCCUUUCUAUGGCAUGAUCUUUAGUAAAGGUUUUUACUCUGAUCCACAUUGUGUCCACUUAAAACCUGGUACAGGACAUUUAAGUGCUACGUUUGAAAUAUUUCUCAACUCAUGUGGUAUGAGCAGUUCUGGCAAUCAUAAUGUCGCAACUUAUGGUGCACCAUCCCCUUCUGGUAGCUAUGUAGAAAAUACUAUUAUUGUUCAAUACGAUCCAUACGUUCAAGAAGUCUGGGAUCAAGCUAGAAAGCUUCGAUGUACAUGGUAUGACUUCUAUGAAAAAGCUGUCACGUUUCGUCCAUUCCAAGUCGAUAUGUUGCAUGCGGUUACCGCUAACUUUCUUGGUGAUAAUCUUCAAUGCUGGAUGCAAAUUCAAGUUGGAAAAGGACCGUGGGCUUCAGAAGUAUCGGGUAUAGUAAAAAUCGGCCAAACCAUGACCAUGGUACUUGCCAUAAAAGAUGAUGAAAAUAAGUUUGAUAUGUUGGUAAGAAAUUGUGUGGCUCAUGAUGGUAAAAGAGCUCCUAUUCAACUCGUUGAUCAGUAUGGAUGUGUUGUUAGACACAAAAUAAUGUCUAGAUUUCAAAAAAUAAAAAAUUUUGGGCCGAGCGCGUCAGUUGUAAGCUUUGCAUACUUUCAGGCAUUUAAAUUUCCUGAUAGUAUGAAUGUUCACUUUCAAUGUGUCAUUCAAGUGUGUCGCUAUAAUUGUCCGGAACCUAAAUGUGGACAUCCUAAUUUAGAAUAUGGAGUACCUACAUCGGGAAUUACACAUGAUUAUAGUACACCGAUUCAUCAAGGGCUUGUUUCUGACUAUGGCGUACCACCAGUUCCGGAAUAUAACAUUUCACCAGCAUACCCGGAUCCACGGCAUCCCAGUGGUCCAGCUGGUGCUUACAGUGGAACGAGUCAAAACAUAGUUGCUCCACCACAAGCACAAACCUCAUCGUCGAUGCCAAGCUCUACACCAAUAGAUUUUACAGCUAGUAGUUCACCACAAAGUACGCAAGAUAUUCAUCUUCCACCUCCUCCUCUUCCCGGACAUCCAGUUCGAGCUUAUCAAACAUUGAAACGAAAAGGAACAGUUGAAUCGGACGAAUCAGAGAGCAAUUUAUCAACUCUUGGAGGAAGACCACGAUCAGUUGAAGAUUUUUCAGCAGAAUUAAGAGGUGCUCGGAAAAAACGACAUUCAACGAUGGAAAAUGAUCAUAUGAUCGUUCCAGUAAUAAGGAUUAUACCUCAUGUCCACAGACGUUCUACCUUGGAAAUGACUAAUGUGAAUACAUCAAGAAUAAUCCAAGUUGUUGCACCAGGAGAUGUCAAUUUUGCUUUAGGAACAACUAAUUCUAGUAACGACAGAACAGUUGUGAUUCAAAAUACGAACGCAUUAUCAGAUUCAGAAACAAUUUGCAUGUCCCUACCAGGUUUUGUUGGUGGUUUAGUGAUGCUUUUACUUGUUAUAACUGUUUCAUCUAUAGUAGCAGCUUUCUUAUUUAUUCGAGUGCGAGCAAUUCAUAAGAAAAAUACGAAUGUAACUUCUAAUUUCGUACAUGCAAUUUAUACGACAGACAAUUGUUCUCAUGCUAAUUCAGAAUUCGUCAAAGUUUCGAAUUAGCAUGAUUCUUGAGACCGAUGAUAAUGAAGUUCGUCUUUGAUGAAUCUUAUUUUGCGUACACUGAGACUUUAAAAAUAAUUUAAUUUCGAAAAGGUAAUCUUAACGUAUAUUUAUGCAAUCAUUAUUUAUGCUGUCUGUGUGACUAUUUAUUGAACUAAGAACGAAAUACACAUUAAUAAUCUACCAAAAAAUACAAAAUACAAUGAAGAAUAUGGAAAAAUUGCAGUAAUCUUGCAACUUAUAUCAUACGUUCAACAAAUAAUUUAUUUAGAUAUCUUUUCAAAUAAUUAAAUUCAUGUUUAAUUGUUAUAUGUAAAAGGUAUACAAUAUUAACAGUAAUAACAUAAAUAUCAAAUAGAAAUCCAUACCACAAUCCAAAUGUGUUACAACAGAUCCGAAUAUGUUCAUGUUGUCUGGACAUAUAAAUCAAUAUCAGUUCAAUGGAAUUUUUAUAAGAAACGAAUAUAAAUUAUCUAUAGUACUAAUAUUUAUAUAAUAUAUUAUUUAUUACUUACGUGACUGAGGACUUCGUAUGUUCUGGAGUGUUAUGAUUUUUAUAAAAGAGGGCAUGUAACACUCAGAAUUAUUUGUGCAAAGUAACAUUCAUACUAAUGUGUAUAUACAAAAAAAAUUUUUUAUACCGAUUAUUGUCUACUUAUUUUUUUUCUGAGUCCUGAAAAAAUGAAUACACUUUUCGCGAAUAAUAAUGUUUUUUUUUUUUUUUAACGCAUGUAUAUAAAUAUAUAUUUAUGAAAAUUAUUUAAAAUGUAAACAAAACUAAUCGAUGUGAAUAAGUUGGUUGAAAGAUAAAAAAUGAAAUUUUUGAAAUAAUGAAUAAACAAUUUUUACUUCGUAAUAGUUUAAUUUGGACUUCCUUCGUUUUAAUUUCAUCUUUUUGAUGACGGUAAGCUUCGCAUUUUUUGUUUCUUGUUAUGCACUUAUGUGGGAUAUUAAAAUAACGUUACCUUUCAUAAAAUUCUAUAAGAAGAAAGAAUUGAUUAAAAAUUACUCUAAAAAUAGAGGAAAUCUGGGCAUGGAGUAGAAUUAACUUGGCAAGAUGGUAAAAUUUCCCCAGGAGGAGAAGAAGAUUUUACCAUCUUGUGGGAUGAAUUUGAUUUUAUUGCAGAGUAAACAUUUCUGUCUCCGUAAAGUAUCCAAGUUACUCUGAAUCCCAUGGUAAUCUUUACUCAAUUCUUACCGUGUACAAUCAACUUAUUGAUUACAGCAAGACACGUCCGCAAAUCUUGAGAGUUUUAGUAACUUGAUGGACAAAACGAAUUCUUAAAAGCUGUUGAAAAAAAUUUUUACAUAAUAAUGUGUGUCAGAAAUUGUUUAAUCUAAGAAUUCGUCUUGUUCAAGGUUUUUUUACACUGAAAAAAAUUUAUAGUUAUUGGAGCAAUCCAAAGUAUAGCCGAAGAAGAUUGCUGUCUUAGCAAUCUUUAUGCCUACUCUAAUUAUUUAGAUAGCUGUUAUGACUAUUUUAACUGUGUGAGCAAGUGAAAAAUUUCGAUAGUAGAAAUACGACGAAUUUUAAAAGUUUGAUAGUUAAUCUGAGAGGUACAGUAUUGUUCCUACAACUAUAAAU